CAUUGGCUUCAGUGAGCCUCAAGUCCAGAUCCAGUCCUGCUGUGUGUCCCUGAGCUGGUCACAGGCCCCCCUCUGAGCCUCUGUUUCCUUUUCCACGAACUGGGAACGUGACCUGCUUUCCGGAGGCUGUUGGGAAAGUCGGGAAAGUGCUGACCAGUUUUCCCGCCUGGCCCAAGUGGCCCUCGUCCUCCCGCGCAGCUGGGGUGGCGAGGGGUGAUGCUGGUGGCCAUGGACGCCAGCCAGGGGGCUGGCUGGAGCGUUAGCAGCGACAAGGACAGAGACCUGCAGGUGCUGUUACAGGAACUCUGCGAGCUCCAGGCAAAGCAGAGGAAGCUGAAGAGAGAGGUCGAGAAGCACAAGCUUUUUGAAGACUAUCUGAUUAAGGUCCUUGAGAUAAUCCCUAAGGGCCACAAUGAAGGGGAGAAAACAGAGGAGCCAGAGGUGGUCCUGGUGGAGACCAUGGUGGAGCACUAUGGGCAGCUCUUCACAAUCAGCCAGGACAUCCAGAAGCAUCUGGAGGCCUUCUCCGAGAUGAACCAGGUCUUCCACCAGAGGCUGGAGUCUCUAGAGGAGAGCCACAGGGCUCUUAUCCCGAGCCUCAAGAUUCGGCUGUGUCAGCUGCAAAAGCGAUGUCAUCAUGAGCAGAAGCGGUGGGGGCAGUUGGGACACCGUGUCACCUCCCAGAAGGACAUGGACGGCUCUCAUAUGGGAAGCAAGGCUGCCACUGCUGGCCACAGCCCUGAAGACCUGAAGUCUGGGACUCCAGCGCUGCCCAGAGUGAGGAGCUCCAGGUUCCUCCAUGACCCUUCCCAGGCCCUGCCCCAGAACCAGCUGCUCGACUACCUGCAAAAGGCCAUCAACCACAUGGUCCAGCAGUGCUCCCCCUCUGCCCACAGCACGCCCAAGAGGAUGGGCCUCUUCUCUAAACUCGACCUGAUUCAGGAAUUUAUGUUGGACAAAAUGGAGACAGUGAGAUAUAUCUCACUGCUCAUGGAACCUAGAGUAUGCUGGUCAGGGGAUAGUCUCACGCACCCCAGAAGAUACGCCAGAUCCUUCAGGAAACGCCCAAGGGAUCAAGAUUCGGUCCCCAGAACUCCCUUUCCAGGCACCCAGACUUCAGAGUGCCCCAGCUCAAACUGAGCCAGCCAGCGGCCAUGUAGACUCUGCCAGCAUCAUGACCAUCUUCCUUCCUG